UUUUUUUUUUCUUUUUUUUUUUCUUUUUUUUCUUUAACUUCGCUCUCUCUCUCACCUUUAUCAUAGUGGCAACAUUAUUUACUGCAGAAAUCAUUAAUCUUUCGAACCUAUUAUUACCACAGUUGCUGUCUUGGAACUCCAACAGCUAAGCUUACAUGAGAGUCAAACUCGAAUACCCAUAAUACCACUUGUCUGAUUAGUUUAAUUUUCAAGAGCUUAAGGUGCCGAUCUUGAAUCAAGAUCUCCUUUUUUUUUGGCUGCAGGUCUUUUGGGUUUGAAGGUUUAUUUGAUUUUUUAUUUUUUUUUGUUGUUUUUCUAUUUGAUGUUGUUUGCAUCUCGAUUUGAGAAUUAUAUUUGUAAAGAAAAAAUAAAGUUGGAAUCUUGAGUGCUAUUUCAUUCUUCUUCCUGGGGGAAGCCUGAGAAAAUCUAUCUUCUUCAACAUCUGUUCUUCGAGUUUAAAGUUUGAAGCAACUUGGGCAAGUCACUGAUUUGAGGAGGGUUUCUGCUGAUCCAUUUUCUUGGAGGCUUGAAGAUGGGAUUUUUUGGUCAUGGGCUGAAGUCUAGCUAGGGAUUUACUAUAGACUUGAUGGCAGAGUUUGUGUAAAAGUAAAACCCAAAUAUAAUAGCAAAAACCCUCUGGAGAAUAGCUGAAUCUGGCCACUCUUUAAAGAAAAAAGGUACUUUCUUGAUGAAUUUACUUCGUAUAAUUGGAUUCGGGUUGAAGGUGGGCCAUCUUCUUUUGUUGCUAUGUUGCUGGUUUUUGUCAAUCAUCUCCCUGAAUUGGCUGAGUAAUGAGAGAGCCAUGAUCACAAAGUCUGGUUUGCCUGGUGAUGAAGGGCAAGCGUGGAAGAAAUUGUUGAAUCGGGUUUCGGAUUGUGUUAGCAAGAUCCACCACCAUUAUUCACAGUAUUUUGGGUCCCGGAGAGAGAAGAACAACUGGUGGAGGAAGUUUUUGAUUGGAUGGCUUGCAAUGGGGAUUAUAGUUUCUUUGUCGGCCUUUUGGUAUAUGAGCUCACAGGCUAAUGAGAAGAGAAAGGAAACACUUGCGAGUAUGUGCGAUGAGAGGGCACGGAUGUUGCAAGAUCAGUUUAAUGUUAGCAUGAAUCACAUCCAGGCAAUGUCUGUCAUGAUUUCAAUCUUUCACCAUGGCAAAAACCCAUCUGCUAUUGAUCAGAGCACGUUUGCUAGGUACACAGAGAGAACAUCGUUCGAGAGACCACUCACAAGUGGGGUAGCAUAUGCAGUGAGAGUGCUCCAUUCCGAGCGUGAGCAGUUUGAGGCCCAACAAGGAUGGACUAUUAAGAGAAUGGAUAAAAUCGAAAAAAAUCCCGUUCAUGAUGACAAAUACAAUCAAGCGGACCUCGAGCCGUCUCUGGUGCAGGAGGAAUAUGCACCCGUCAUCUUUGCACAAGAAACUGUUGCUCAUGUUAUUUCUGUUGAUAUGCUGUCUGGAAAGGAAGAUCGCGAGAACGUAUUGCGGGCAAGAGAAUCCGGAAAAGGCGUCCUCACUGCCCCAUUCAGAUUACUCAAAACAAAUCGGUUAGGGGUAAUACUGACUUUUGCCGUCUACAAAAGAGAACUUCCCCCUGAUGCAAAACUUUCUGAUAGGAUUCAAGAGACUGCUGGGUAUCUCGGUGGUAUAUUUGAUAUAGAGUCGCUUGUGGAGAAACUCCUUCACCAGCUUGCUAGCAAACAAACUAUCCUUGUCAAUGUGUAUGAUAUGACAAAUUCCACUGAUCCUAUAAGCAUGUAUGGUUCAAACCCUUCAUCUGAUGGUCUGCACCGUGUUAGUUCUCUUAACUUUGGAGAUCCAUUCAGAAAACAUGAGAUGCAUUGCAGAUUCAAACAAAAGCAACCUUGGCCAUUGGCAGCAAUUUUUACAUCAGUUGGCAUCCUCGUAAUUGAUAUGCUCGUGGCGCAAAUAAUCUAUGCUACUGUAAACAGAAUAGCAAAAGUUGAGGAUGAUUAUCAUCAGAUGAUGGAGCUCAAGAGACGUGCUGAGGCUGCUGAUGUUGCUAAGUCACAGUUUCUUGCUACUGUUUCACAUGAAAUCAGAACCCCGAUGAAUGGUGUUCUUGGAAUGCUGCAGAUGCUUAUGGACACACGUCUGGAUGAAACUCAACAAGAUUAUGUGAGAACUGCAAGGGAGAGUGGCAAAGCCUUAGUUUCCCUCAUAAACGAGGUUUUGGACCAAGCGAAGAUCGAAUCUGGUAAACUUGAGCUCGAAGCAGUUAGCUUUGAUUUAAGGGCAAUCCUCGACGAUGUCUUGUCGCUGUUUUCUGGAAAAUCACAAGAUAAAAAAGUCGAGGUAGAUUAUAAUUGUCUAACAAAAGUUGUGAUUAUUAUCUAUAAACGCUUGCGAGAGCAGUUGGCAGUUUACGUGUCUAGUAAAGUCCCUUCAACACUGAUUGGCGAUCCAGGUAGAUUCCGACAGAUUGUUACGAAUCUGGUGGGAAACUCGAUCAAGUUCACGGACAAAGGCCACAUAUUUGUGACGGUUUACCUGGUGGAGGAAGUCAUGGAAACAGAGGCCGAAACCGGCAGCUCGCUGAGCGGGCUGCCGGUGGUUGACCGGAGGCGAAGCUGGUCUCGUUUUCGGGUCUUCAGCCAGGAUAAUAAUACUCCCCUGGCCGGAUCCUCCCCAGACCAGGUGAACGUGAUGGUGUCGGUGGAGGACACUGGUCAGGGAAUCCCAGUGGAGGCCCAAUCACGCGUGUUCAACCCGUUCAUGCAAGUGGGGCCCUCCAUCACACGGACCCACGGCGGCACGGGCAUCGGCCUCAGCAUCAGCAAGUGCCUGGUCCAGCUGAUGAAGGGCGAGAUCGGGCUCGCCAGCACACCACAGGUGGGGUCCACUUUCACCUUCACCGCCGUCUUCACGGCCGAGCAGCAGCAGCAGCAGCAGCAGCAGCCCAACUCGUCCGAGUUUCACGGGACCCGGGCCCUCCUCGUGGACUCGAACCCCGUGCGGGCCAAGGUCUCCCGAUACCACAUCCAGCGGCUCGGGAUCCAAGUCGAGGUAGUCCCGGAGGUCGGGCCUGGGCUGAAGAAAAAGCCCGUGCAAAUUGUGUUUGUCGAAGAGGAAAUGUGGGAACGGAACGUAGAGGAGCUGGGGAAGGGGUCGUGGCAGCCCAAGAUUCUGAUCUUGUCCAACUCGCCGGGGAUAGGGCCGCCGCCAGUGCCUGCGGUGGCGGUGGUGGUGAAGCCGCUGAGGGUGAGCAUGGUGGGGGCCACGCUGCAGAGGGCAAUGGGGGGGUUGAGGGGGAAUCGGGGGACCCAAGACCUGCUGCACAAGAAGCUGUCUUCGCUGAGCGGCCUGUUGCAAGGGAGGAGGAUUUUGGUGGUGGAUGAUAAUCGGGUCAAUCUCAGAGUGGCCGCCGGUUGCCUCAAAAAGUAUGGGGCUGACGUGGUGCAUGCCGAGAGGGGGAAGGAAGCUAUAUCGCUGCUUACGCCACCUCAUCUAUUUCACGCCUGUUUUAUGGAUAUUCAAAUGCCGGAGAUGGACGGGUUUGAAGCAACAAGGAGAAUAAGGGACAUAGAAUCUGGCAUAAAUAAGGGCAUAGAGGACGGGCGGCUCUCUCUGGAAUCCUAUGGAAACGUAUCAAAUUGGCACGUCCCCAUUCUGGCCAUGACUGCUGAUGUCAUCCAGGCGACGAGCGAGGAAUGCUCCAAGUGUGGCAUGGAUGGUUACGUUUCUAAACCCUUUGAGGCCGACCAGCUCUACAGGGAAGUCUCCCGAUUCUUCCACACGGGAGCCGAUGACAAUCACCAGAAUGAGUAAAUGAAGAAAAAAGAAAAAAAAAAGAACCAACCAGAGGAGUCUAUAAAUUGAUUGUGCAUAUUUUUUUCCUGCCCAAUUGUGAGUAAUGCUGAUUAAUUAAUAAUCUCGUGAUUGCCAAAACUCUCUUUGGUUCAUUGCCCUGAAUUUUACGAGCUGCGCUCUUGAUUGCCUUCCACAAUGCAGGAAAAAAAAUAAAAAAAUGGAUNAGUGAAUUUGUUCCACAGGCUUCAUAAAA